AAUAUUUAGAGCUUCUUCGCCCAGAAAUGUGUGCCUUCUCACCCGCAAAAAGUAAUGACCGCCUUAGCCUUAGUGAAGAGCCAUUACAGUCACCAACUAUCUUCAACUGCCAUGGCAAUGUGCUCCAGCUUUUGCCCUCAGAUUCCAAACCAGUUAAGAGCAAGACCCAUUUGCCCCUUCCCCCCAAAACCACUUUUUACUCUAUCUGUCAACGCUUUCUCUUCUCAGACAUCCAAUGCUUCAGCAAAAGCGGAUGGAUUGUCAGCAAGGAUCGGCUUUCUAGGUCUUGGAAUAAUGGGUUCUCCAAUGGCACAGAACCUUAUAAAAGCUGGGUGUGAUGUGACUGUUUGGAAUAGGACCAAGAGCAAAUGUGACCCUCUUAUCAGCUUAGGUGCAAAAUAUAAAUCCUCCCCUCAGGAAGUAGCUGUUUCUUGUGAUGUCACAUUUGCCAUGCUGGCUGAUCCUGAAAGUGCAGUGGAAGUUGCUUGUGGAAAACACGGGGCUGCAAGCGGAUUGAGUUCAGGGAAAGGGUAUGUGGAUGUUUCAACUGUUGAUGGUGCCACUGCUAAAUUGAUUAGUGGACAUGUUAGAGCUACUGGAGCAUCAUUUUUGGAGGCUCCAGUUUCAGGCUCCAAAAAGCCUGCAGAAGAUGGGCAACUGAUAUUUCUUACAGCAGGUGACAAAUCUCUGUAUGAAAUGGCUGCUCCACUUUUAGAUGUCAUGGGGAAGUCAAGGUUUUACCUUGGAGAUGUUGGAAAUGGAGCUGCAAUGAAACUUGUUGUCAACAUGAUAAUGGGAAGUAUGAUGGCAUCAUUUUCUGAAGGAUUGCUUCUCAGUGAGAAAGUAGGACUGGAUCCAAGCGUACUAGUAGAGAUUGUCUCACAGGGUGCCAUUAGUGCACCAAUGUACUCAACCAAAGGGCCAUCAAUGAUCCAAUCCCUGUAUCCCACGGCUUUUCCUUUAAAGCAUCAGCAGAAGGACCUGAGGCUUGCUCUAGGAUUAGCAGAAUCUGUUUCCCAGCCUACUCCAAUGGCAGCAGCUGCGAAUGAACUAUAUAAGGUUGCAAAAUCUGGUGGCCUUAGUGACCAGGACUUCUCAGCGGUUAUUGAAGCAUUGAAAGCUAAAUUGCAGAACCCAGCAAAAUAGAAAAAUUCUUCUCACAUUAGAAUUUAUUUGAGCAUGGGCUUUGAUAAUUGUUCUUGGGUUGGUCUCCACUUUAAUCCAUCAUCAGUCUGAGCUUUUGUCUUUUUUUUUUUUUAAUAACUGGUUAUAAGAAAUACAUUAAAUAAUACGUAGUUGUUCAGAUGAAAAUGGAGAGCUGCGUGUGAUAUUUUA